UCUGCAGAUCUGAAAAUUCAAGUUGUUCUCUUGCUCUAGCCCCUUAAUCCUCAAUGGAGUUGCUACCAUCGAAGAAAGUCACGAGUGGGAAAAUGAGGAGAGGAAAAACUAAAAGGGCACGUAAGUCUGGCUUCAGUUGGAGUGCCAUCAAGAAGGCUCUAUCAUCUGCCAUGAAGAAGCAUCAUCUUCAUAUGACAUGUGCAUCCAGUUUAAAACAGCUCUCCGGAAUCAGCGAUCGAGGAAUGGUGACGCCCCUCCGACAACUUCAAUCUGAAGAGCCUAAGAAACAUGUUUCUCAUGGGGGUAAAUCACUGGAAAGCCUCAUGCGCGUGGCGUAUACAGCAGGGGAUUUCAUCGAUCGGGGCAACCACAUGACACCAACCAGGUCUCCUAGGGAGCAUAUAUCGGCGAAAUGGCGUGAAAUUCAUGGCCAGUUCAAUUGGGAAAAUCUUCUGGACCCGCUUCACCCAUGGCUUCGAAGAGAGAUUGUUAAGUAUGGAGAAUUUUCUCAGGCCACUUAUGAUGCAUUCGACUAUGAUUCUUUCUCGGACUUCUGUGGGAGUUGUCGAUACAAUCGGCAGAAGCUUUUUGAUGAAUUGCAUCUCACAAAACAUGGUUACAAGGUCACCAAGUACAUUUACGCCAUGACCAACAUUGAUGUUCCAAGUUGGUUUGAAAGGCCUAACACAGGUGAAACAUGGAGUAAAGAUUCCAAUUGGAUGGGCUAUGUUGCUGUGAGCAGUGACAAUGAGUCCCAAAGGAUUGGAAGAAGAGACAUAGUUGUGGCAUGGAGAGGGACAGUGGCGCCAUCUGAAUGGUUCUUGGAUAUGAAGGCAUCGCUAGAGCAAAUCGGGGAAGGGGGUGUCAAGGUUGAAAGCGGCUUCCAUAGCAUUUACGCAUCGAAGAGUGAGUCGACUAGAUAUAACAAGUUGAGUGCCUCUGAACAGGUCAUGGAAGAAGUGAAAAGGCUGCUUGAGUUUUUCAAAGGAAGGGGGGAAGAAGUCAGUCUCACCGUCACUGGCCACAGCCUAGGUGGUGCAUUGGCUCUCCUCAAUGCGUAUGAAGCCGCGUCCUUUCUCCCGGAUCUUGAUCACAUCAGCGUCAUCUCAUUUGGUGCUCCAAGAGUGGGGAAUAUCGCUUUUAGAGACAAAAUAAAUGAAUUGGGAGUGAAGAUACUGCGUGUGGUGGUGAAGCAAGAUAUAGUCCCGAAACUUCCAGGGAUUAUAUGUAACAAGAUUCUUCGCCAAAUCCAUGCUCUUACUAGAAGAUUGAAAUGGGUGUACAGACACGUCGGAAGCGAGCUGAAACUUGAUAUGUCAUUGUCUCCCUACUUGAAGCGCGAAUUUGAUUUGCUAGGUUUUCAUAACCUAGAGAUAUACCUGCAUCUCACAGAUGGGUACGUGGGAAAGAGGUUGAAAUUCCGGUGGAAUGCUAGGAGGGACCUUGCAUUAGUGAACAAGUCCAGUGAUAUGUUGAUAGAGGAGCUGAGGAUCCCAGAGUGCUGGUAUCAAGUGCCUAACAAGGGACUUGUGUUUAACAGUCAUGGCAGAUGGGUUAAGCCAUGUAGGGACCAACAAGACAUACCAUCUCCUUUUGGUGAAGCUCCUAAGCUUGAUUUUACAGCUUAGAAUAUGUCUGCACGUGGUAUAUUACAUGAGAAUUAAGAUGAUUUCACCACUGAGUGUUAGCUUCUCAAUUUCGAUAAGGAUGUUGUUCACCUGUUAUUGAUCGAUUCGUUUGUCGUAUUAAAUUAAUUCAUUAUUUCA